UUGUUGGGUUUUGAAAGUUUGGUGGAAACCAGCUUGGAGAAGGGGCAAGAUGGAAGAGCAGAAUAUUUCUUACCAUAUCUGUCAAAGUCAGCGGUUCUACUUGUACACCCUCCCAGGCUCCCCUCUAUAUUCCUUUCCACCCACCCCAACACGCGUCUUUCUCCAUUCUCCAUUCCAAAUUCUCAGCUCUCCUAAAAUAGCUGCUCCCCAGCCUCCUCGACUCCUCGCCAAUUCAUCCGACUUUUUGCUAUUUUUGCCUCUCAAUUUAAGCUCUGAUCCGCCCCACCAUUUUCUUUGGUUCUUCCUCUUUGGUAAGAACCCUAUUUUCUUCUUUAUUGUUAUUAUUUUUUUCAUUUGAUUCUAAAGCCCCGAUUUCAAUAAUCCUACUGUUUUUAAUUUUCAGAAUAAUUUCGUCAUGGGUUUUUUGCUUAUUAAUUCAUUUCUACGGUUUGUUUACGAGCAGUUGGUUCAUACAUGAAUCUCCUGGCUUGAACAUUACUUGUUAUUUAGGGUGUUUUUUUUUUUUUCAUUUUUCUUGUACAGUUUUUUAAUAUUUAGUUUCAAAACGAUGGGUGUGUACCAAUGGGAAUUUCGUUUCAGUAUAAUCAUGGGUCGACACUCGUUGAUGAAUUUCUAGGGUUUAAGGUUUUAAUAUUGGUUUAAAGCUUCAAAUUCUUUAAUUUUGUUGUGAAAACAAUGUCAUCUGCGGCUCUUGUACUUGCCUCAAUUAACACUGAGGCAAUAUUUUCUCACAACCAUUUUCACACCCAACCUGGAUUGUUUUCAAACGAAUCAAUUCUGAUUUAUCUGGCGUUUUCGGGUUCAAUGAUUCCAAUGCGUGUAAUGGGGUCUGAUUCAAUUGAGGCUGUGAAACUUAGGAUCCAAAAUUGUGGAGGGUUUGUUGUGAAGAAACAGAAAUUGGUUUGUGGGGGCAGGGAAUUGGCAAGGAGCGAUACUCUUGUCCGAGACUAUGGGGUUUCAGAUGGGAAUGUUUUUCAUAUGGUUCUCAAGCUCAGAGAUCUGCAAAUCAUCAAUGUUAGGACUGCAUGUGGAGAAGAGUUUACUUUCCAUGUUGAGAGGUCCAGGGAUGUGGGGUAUGUUAAACAGCAGGUUGCUAAGAAGGGGAAAGGUUUGGCCGAUGUUGAAGAUCAAGAAAUUGUGUGUGAUGGCAAGCGGGUUGAGGACCAAAGGCUUAUUGAUGAUAUAUGUGAGCACAGUGAUGCAGUGCUUCACUUGUUGGUUCGGAAAUCUGCCAAAAUUAGCUGCAGGCCUGUUAGAAAGAAUUUCAAAUUGUCUGUUGUGACAGCAGAGCUGAAUGAGAAGAAAGAUUAUGAUGGAGUGGAUGGAGAACGCGGCUGUGUUUCUAAGGAUAUUGUGCUGCAAAAGCCUCACAACAAAGAUGUUUGGUUGGAGCCCAUUAUUAUUAAUCAAAAGGUUGAAUUAUCUCCAGUGAUGAGGAGUUUGAUUAACUCUACUUCUAAUGGGCUUGAUGCAGGGAACUAUCCAUUGAGGUCUUCAGAGGGUACUGGGGGAGUUUACUUGAUGCCUGAUGUGUCAGGGAACAGGUAUAUUUCUGUUUUUAAGCCGAUGGAUGAGGAGCCCAUGGCUGUGAACAACCCUAGAGGACUCCCCAUUUCAACAAAUGGUGAAGGCCUCAAAGGAGGCACAAGAGUUGGAGAAGGAGCAUUUAGGGAAGUUGCAGCUUACAUUUUGGAUCACCCAAGGAGCGGGCAUCGCUCAUUUUCUAGCAAUGAGAAGGGGUUUGCUGGGGUUCCUCCCACAACUAUGGUUAAGUGCUUGCACAAAGCAUUUAACCAUACUGGGGAUGUAAUGGUCAAGAUUGGUUCCUUACAGAGCUUCAUGGAGAACAGUGGAAGCUGUGAGGAUAUUGGUCCUGCAGGUUUUCCGGUGGAGGAGGUACAUAAGAUCACCGUCUUGGAUAUUAGAUUGGCUAAUGCGGACAGGCAUGCUGGAAAUAUUUUGAUGAGCAAAGAUGAUGAUGGCCGGACUCUAUUAAUCCCAAUUGAUCAUGGCUACUGCUUACCAGAGUCGUUUGAGGACUGUACCUUUGAAUGGCUUUACUGGCCUCAAGCUCGGGUGCCUUACAGUGCUGCCACCAUCCGCUACAUUCAAUCACUCGACGCUGAGGAAGAUAUCGCCCUCUUGCAGUUCCAUGGCUGGGAUCUACCGCUUGAAUGUGCCCGCAUACUUCGUAUCUCUACCAUGCUUCUGAAGAAAGGAGCAGAGCUGGGGCUCACACCCUUCACCAUUGGAAGCGUCAUGUGCCGGGAAACCUUGAAUACAAAAUCAAUGAUUGAGGAGAUUGUCCUUGAAGCUCAGGCCUCCAUGCUCCCAGAUUUCAGUGAAGCUUCAUUCCUUGAAUCUGUAUCACAGAUCAUGGAUCGACGACUUAGCGAAAUCUCAGAAUGAGAUCAAUGGAGAAUGUAGGUAAGUAAAUACAGAGUGUAUAUGGGUUUACUACAUGCUAGGCUUCAAUUGGAUGACAGAUUCUUUCAUCUGUUCAUUUGUUUCUAUGUAUUGUAAUUUGUAUUGGGGGGUUACCCACAGAUUUGUGUUGAAAAUACUAUGCAAAUCUUUUAAGUUUUAGUACUUGGAAGCUUUUUCUUUA